GCGCUCGGUGACUGGAACGCGUCACUUCCGGCGGAAGCGGAAGCUUCGGCGGAAGCGGCGGCGGCCCGAGGAUGUUUUACCACAUCUCCCUGGAGCACGAGAUCCUCCUGCACCCCCGGUACUUCGGGCCCAACCUGCUCAACACCGUCAAACAGAAACUCUUCACCGAGGUGGAGGGAACCUGCACCGGGAAGUACGGGUUUGUCAUUGCCGUCACCACCAUCGACAACAUCGGCGCCGGGGUGAUCCAGCCGGGCCGCGGCUUCGUCCUGUACCCCGCGCGCUACAAGGCCAUCGUGUUCCGGCCCUUCAAGGGCGAGGUCGUGGACGCCGUGGUCACGCAGGUCAACAAGUCCAUCCCCUCCGAGAUGGAAUUCGACCCCAACUCCAACCCCCCCUGCUACAAAACCGUGGACGAGGACAUCGUGAUCCAGCAGGACGACGAGAUCCGGCUGAAGAUCGUGGGGACGCGCGUGGACAAGAACGACAUCUUUGCCAUCGGCUCCUUGAUGGACGAUUACCUGGGCCUCGUCAGCUGAGCCCCAGCAGCAGCCGUGACCCCUCCCCAGUUUGUGCUCCCCCAAAUUUUGGGGGUCUCCCCCCCCCAAAUUUUGGGGGGUUCUGGUGGCAGGGCCACCCCCAGAGCUGGAGGGGCUCUGCCUUUCCCCUCCCCAUUCCCAAUAAAAGGAUUUUU